GAUCAAACUCCAGCAUUAAUUUGCAAAUCCUCUUUUCUUCUCAUAAAGAUAAGGGUGUGUGGAGCUUUAAAUUGGGUUUCUUGGCAUCUUUAUUGUUGGUGUUUGGUAGUGGUGGAUUGGUGGAGGUGGUGGUUGUGGUUGUGUGUCUCUCUCUGUCUCUGUGUUGGGAAUUAAAAGGGUGUGUGAGAUAUGGGAAGGUCUCCUUGUUGUGACAACAGAGGAUUGAAGAGAGGGCCAUGGUCAGCUGAAGAGGAUGAGGCUCUUCUGAACUAUAUCAACAAGAAUAAUGGCCAUGGCAGCUGGCGCUCUCUCCCCAAGCUUGCAGGUCUUCUACGCUGUGGGAAGAGUUGUCGGCUCAGGUGGACAAAUUAUCUUAGGCCAGACAUUAAAAGAGGCCCCUUCACUAAGGAUGAAGAGAAGCUUAUCAUACAGCUUCAUGGCAUACUCGGAAACAGGUGGGCUGCUAUAGCUUCUCAGUUGCCUGGAAGAACUGACAAUGAGAUCAAGAAUUUAUGGAACACACACCUGAAGAAACGUCUCCUCCUCAUGGGGAUUGAUCCACAAACACAUAAGCCCGUUGACUCUAACAGUUUAACUAGCACAGCACCUGCUUCCCUGGCCACCCGUCACAUGGCACAAUGGGAGAGUGCUAGGCUUGAAGCUGAGGCUCGGCUUUCCAGGGAGUCAUCACUCUUCAGCCAACCUCCGGAGAAAUCUGAGCCUGACUAUUUUCUACGCUUAUGGAACUCUGAAGUUGGAGAAGCAUUCAGAAACCUCACUACCGUGGAUAACUCUGCAUGCCCUAGCCCCAUGUCUCAGGCAUCUUCUUCGACGAAAUGCGGAUCAGUGUCAGCUGUGACAACAGAAGUUGGCAACACCUUAACAGGGUCAUCAACCAUGGCCGGAGAUCAAAACGAGGAUAUGGAAGACAAGAUUUGCCAGACCAACACUGAAUAUGUGGGACACAAUAUUUGCCAGACCAACACUGAAGAUGUGGGAUACAAGAUUUGCCAGACCAACACUGAAGAUUUGGAAUACAAGAGUUGCCAGACCAACACUGAAGAUAUGGGAUACAAGAUCUUCCAAUCCAACACUGAAGAUGUGGAGUACAAGCCCUGGCAGUUGAACACCGAAGAUGUGAUGGCCGGGUCGGACUCCUCAUGUUCCAAUGAUUUAGAGGACUCGUCGGACACUGCAUUGCAGCUGCUGCUGAAUUUCCCCAUUAACAAUGACAUGAGCUUCCUUGAAGACAAUGUGGAUGACUAUGCAACAACUCCUGCUAGGUGGACACCCAAUUCUUUCAUUUGCCCCCUCUGAAGCAGGCUUGGGAGCUUCCUUUUUUUUGAGGUGCUGCUCGAAUUUUUGGUGGUUGUCUUCUAUAAGCUGUCAAUUUAGUUAGAGAGCUAAGAGUAAGGGUCCUGUUUUGAUACAUUUUAGCUUAAAAGUGGCAGUGCUGUUACCACUAAGUAGGCUUUCGUUAACAAAUCUUAGUUUGUUCAGGAUUCAGUAUAUAUAGUAGAUACAUAUUCCUCAA